UUCCGCCCCCUUUUCAUUUCAACACAGUUUUUCCUUUUGUCAUUUCAUGAAGCGUCACAAUCAGAACAGCUGCGGGUUGCACUUUUAAAUAAACAUCACAACAAUACCACACAGACAGGUCUAGGUGAGCUAUUCGCUGAAGGUCGCGGAUUGUUUUCUCAUCGCCAUUUUCAGCCGUCAGAAACACCUCGGUGUAAUAAUGGACACAGACUACUCGUCCGGCUUGGAAAACCCUCUGUACAGCGAGCUGAAAUAUUUCUGCAGGAAGAUACAGGAGGCCUACAACGUGCUGAAGGAGGAUUUAACACCUUACCGUGAUGAUCGCUUUUACAGGCUGGCCCCCAUGCGGCUCUACACCUUGUCUAAAAGACAUUUUGUCCUGGUCUUUGUGGUGUUCCUGAUAUGCUUUGGCCUCACAGUGUUCAUUGGGAUUGCAGGUCCAAAGAUUCUUGCUGAGCAGGAGCACAAUGAUGAUCAGUUAGUGGCCAAAAAUGUUUCAGUAAAGACUGGGCCUUUUAAUCUGGUUUCUCCACCUCUCACCACCUAUAACCAGCAGCUGUGGCUCACCUGUGUGAUGCAGACUGGAAACAGCAACAUGAAAGACUUCAAGCAGCCCUUUGAGAUCAACGUGAAUCUUAAAGGAGUGAUGCAGGACGCCAGUGUGAUGCACAUCAAGACUGUGCAGCAGAAAUCACGGACGCUGCACUGUGGAGCUAAAUGUGAGGAGAUCAUUGUGCUGCAUCUGGGUUACCUGAACUACACUCAGUACCAGGUUGCAGUCAGCUUCAAAGGCCUUGAAAACGUCUCCUAUGAAAUCAAGGUUGCAUUUGUGUGGAAAACAUACAAUCCAACCUUCUCUCAAGUGGAAAUCUGGUUCCGGUUUGUCUUUGUGGUUUUAACAUUCAUGGUAACGUGUAUGUUUGCACAUUCUCUGAGGAAGUUCUCCAUGAGGGAUUGGGGCAUUGAGCAGAAGUGGAUGUCUGUUCUGCUCCCUUUGUUGCUGCUCUAUAAUAAUCCGUUCUUCCCGCUGUCGUUCCUGGUAAACAGUUGGUUUCCAGGGACCUUAGAUACUUUUUUCCAGGCUCUCUUCCUGUGCGCUCUGCUCCUUUUCUGGCUCUGUGUCUACCACGGCAUUAGAGUUCAAGGCGAGAGGAAAUUCCUCACCUUCUACCUGCCCAAGUUGAUCAUCGUAGGUCUGCUGUGGCUCUCCGCCGUCAUGCUUGGUAUCUGGCAGACGGUUAAUGAGCUCCAGGAUCCCACCUAUUUUUACAAAGUGGAUAUUGCAAACUUCCAGGGCAUGAAGGUGUUCUUCCUGAUUGUUGUUGCCUUCUACAUCCUCUACCUGAUAUUCCUGAUUGUCCGAGCUUGUUCUGAAUUAAAGAACAUGCCUUACUCUGAUCUUCGGCUUAAGUUUUUGACAGCGCUUACGUUUGUAGUCCUCAUUAUAAGCAUGGUCAUUCUGUACCUGAGGUUUGGUGCUAAGGCUCUUCAAGAUAAUUUUGUGGCUGAAUUAUCCACUCAUUAUCAGAACUCAGCUGAAUUUUUAUCCUUCUAUGGACUGCUCAACUUUUAUUUGUACACUUUAGCAUUUGUGUACUCUCCCUCGAAAAAUGCCCUGUAUGACUCGCAGCUGAAGGAUAACCCCGCCUUCUCCAUGCUGAAUGACUCGGAUGACGAAGUCAUUUACGGGAGCGAUUAUGAGGACAUGCCUUUACAGAAUGGACGCGCUAACAAAGUAACAACGAAGUACCAGGACGACAGCGACAGCGACUGAUGCAUCCGUUGGCAGGUCACUUCUCUGGUCUCUUCAGGGUCGGAAACACAGAGCAGGUUAUCGUUUGUGUGUGCAAACAAGAUGCAUCUGCACAUGUAAAGUAAAGAAAAAUACUCUGUACAUAAAUAUAUUUUUAAAAGAAGAUUAAUUGCAUCUCUACUGAAUGUACUGUACUUUUGAAAAGAGAGUUAACCGCUCACAGAAAGGUAACAAAUGUAAAAUAUCAGUUUUUACUGGUAUUUAAACACUUUUCUCUUCAUAUGUGGCUCUUCUUUGCAUCCUGAUUAUUUGAAACAAACAGGAAAUGUGCCACUAUGAGUUGGAAGUUGAGUGGAAACAUUUUAAAGCUUUAUGUUAAACCACUGUUGUCUGUCAGACCACUUUAUAUCAUUCCUUUCUGCUCUUUGACGCUCGGAGAAUAGGAAACCACUGAAAGAUGAGGCUCAGUUUAGAUGGGAAGUGAAAUAUGCUUCUGGGAAUCCAUUCAUACCACCUGUUUAUCCUCAGAUAAAGAGGAUGUUAAACUACAUUAAGAGCCUUAAUUUCAACAGGAACCACUCCUCUUACCACCUUUGAAAAGCAGUUGUAAAUGUGCACAUUUCCGAAGUUUUAUUUAUUUUGCCAAAAAGCGAUUUGAUGCUGUUGAAAGUUGAUUUUGACGGGUGUGUUGGCAUGAGUUGGGGGAAUUUUCUCCUAACUCACUUAGAAUACAUCUACCAACCAGCUAGUUAGUCAAAUCUUAUCCCAGCAAAUACAGAACAGAUCAAUGGCCAAAGAUUUUUGCCUUUGUUAAACUUUUCAUUCAGAACUUUACCUAUAUUGCCAAUGAUCUACUUGCUGCCCCUUUCUGGUUCAAGAGUCAGGAGCUUAUGGACAAAAACAGCCAACGAAAAUGUAUUUCUGUUCAAAACAGAUGUGUUUUAAUCAAGAUGGUGCCUUGUCUUCACUCCUUGUCCCUUCAAAUGGGCUCCAAUGUCAGAUCUUUAGAUGUAAAUAUGUUGAAUUCAUUGUAAAUGUUGCUUAUGUUAGCUAAACCUGGUUGUUUUUGAGAUGUUAAUUGUUUCUUCCUCAGUUUAAGGCUGUACAUGUGGCGGUUUCAUGUGAUGUACAAAUAAAGCAAAGUGGAUACACA